GUGUGCUGUGAGCUGUUCGUGUGUUGUGUGUUCUGUGUCCCUCUCGCGCCGCGGUCACAUCAUUUUUACAUGAAAGGUGCGGAGCUGAAGGACAAUGUCCACGUUUCGCUUUGGCCAGCACCUCAUCAAGGCGUCGGCGGUGUUUCUGGAGACGGAAUUGUCUUUCGCGCUGGUGAACCGCAAGCCCGUGGUCCCUGGACAUGUCUUGGUGUGUCCUCUGCGCGUCGUCGAGCGACUCCGAGAUCUACGCCCAGAGGAGGUUUCGGACCUGUUCCAGACGACUCAGAGAGUGGCCAACAUCGUGGAGAAGCACUUCCAGGCUACGUCUCUGACCGUGGCCAUCCAGGACGGCCCCGAAGCCGGACAGACGGUUCAGCACGUGCACGUCCAUGUCCUUCCAAGAAAAGCCGGAGACUUUGAGAGAAAUGAUAGCAUCUAUGAUGAGCUCCAGAAACACGACCGAGAGAGCGAGGACCUUCCUCAGCGCUGGAGGACAGAGGAGGAGAUGGAGGCCGAAGCCGCUCGACUGAGGAAACUCCUUAACUAGGCCCGCCGGGACCCUGGAUCCGAAAAGCAGCUGGAUUUGAGGGAAAAAACGUCUUUUGUUCCGUUCUUCCCACUAACUGCAUGCAGCUGAUGGUGGAUAAUGAGAUCUCUGACACCUUAGAGUGAUCGGUUGCUACAAUAUUGUAAGUCAUAUGUUUAAAGGUGCUGAGCACUGCCUUUGGUUCG